AAAUUAACAACAACUGUGAUGUGUAAAAGCUAAUGUUUAUAAUAAAAAUGUAACUGCCCAAACAAAUUAGCCCUUGGUAUGAAUUCCAUAGGUCUAUAUCAGACGAACUUCAAGGUCCUCGAAUGGAAGGCCCUCUUAUAUACUAACGAUUCUAUUAGCGAGGAUUACUCCAGACAAUCGUGAGUUUCCUGAAAAGGUUCUAAAGACUGGUUGAGUAUUCAGGAGCCGAGUCCUGAUCUUCCACCGGCGGAUAGCUCUUCGAUAAUGUCAUAGCUUUGGAUGCAGAUCACCUGCCAUGUACGCGCCUCGGUUCUGUGUCAAGGACGGGAUAGUCCUUGCGAGGCUCAAUGCAUUGUUUGUAUACAUUUGGAAAAAGACUCGCUGACCGCCCUGACGUACCUCGCUACCUCGCCGAUGAAUGGAGAGCUAUGAAUGGACCUCCCAACUCCCGACCCCCACCACGAUCCGGGUUCGUCUUUUUAUCGCGCUGCCUCCUUGAUCGGAAGGGGUUCCUCAAGGGGUACGCAGAGCACCGUGUUGUGAUCACUGUACGAACUGAUGACCGCAUAGCAUUUGAUGCAGUCGAGCACUUUUGUAUUCAGGAAUUUUGA